AUGAUCGAGGAGAAAAAGUGUAAUUGGAAAGUAGCGCUCUCAGACGCAUGUUUCAACAAUUCCUUUAUGGCUCCGUUCAAGGGUAUUCAGUACUUCGCCAACGACUCUCAGCUUUGGAUGCCUUUUCUUGCUAUCUGUGUUCCAUCAGCACUUAUCCUGAUCUUGGUUUUUAGUACUUUGCUCAUCACAGUUUUCCCCCCAUACUUGGCAAUGGUGGUAAUGGUCACUGGUCCGUUUGGCUUCAUUUCGGCGUUUAUCACAUUGCUUGACGUGACUCGUCGAAUAACAGUAACACUACUGCAAUUUCUUUUCAUGCGCCGUAUACAAGCUUCCAUUUUCGAGCGUGUGUUGACAAAUGAAGGUGCUGCCGAAAUUGUGGCACGCUAUACGGACAUGAGAGGUCGAACCAUACACGACUCGUCUCUCGAAUUUCGCCUCUGUAACCAAACCUUGCCAUUCCUUUUACGCGAGAUACUAUAUACGAUUUUGGGAAUUAUUCCCUUGAUUGGCCCACUUGUUGUUCUCAUAGCAAAGGCACCUAUCAAAGGGUACAAGGCACACAAGCACUACUUCAAGCUUGAAAUGUGGGACCACGCACAGAUCAAUCAUUUUUUCAAGAAGUAUCAUUCUGAUUAUACUUCAUUCGGAUUUAUUGCCUUGAUUUUGGAAAUGAUCCCGGCCUUUACCAUUUGUUUCAUGUAUACUAACAAUAUCGGCAUAGCUUUGUGGACUGCGAAGUAUCACCGUGAUUUUGAGGAAUUCAUCAGCCGUGAAGCCACAAGACCCGAAGGUGAGACAGAGGGUCUUGAGUUUUGGGGAAAUUCUGUCGAAAACAGCAAAAAGGGUCAGGGGGGAGCAGAAAAGACUUCGUGA